AUGCCUCCGCCGACCGGCGCCCCAGCCGACACACAUCACAAACCCAGCCACAUGGAUGACACAACGAAUCGUCCCCGAUACAACGGAACCGCACCGAACGCGACGAAAGCUCGUCGUGUUAGCCCGAGUAAUAAGGCUUCGAAAGCGCAUCCACACAUUUUUACGUUCACGUCCAGUACGCAGGCGCAGUCGGGACGUCUUCUGACAUCACCGGCACCCGGAUUAUUUUCGCCCGGCGAGGUAAAUACCCUCACAUCGAUCGAACCCGGUUAA